UUGAACAUAUUCAUUAAUGUAAAAAUCCUCGUUAAAAGAAUAUUUAUCAUAUAAAUUUAAAAUUAUACGGUAUUGAAGGAGCUGAUAUUUUAUAGAAUAUAUAAAAUACAUCAUGAUGUCUUGGAUACCAUUAGAAUCAAAUCCAGAUGUUAUGACAACGUUUUUACAUAAACUAGGCGUACCAAAGGAAUGGAGUAUUAUUGAUGUUUAUGGACUAGAACCUGAUUUAUUGGCACUUGUACCCAAACCAGUUCUUGCUGUCAUUUUGCUGUAUCCUCUACGUAAAAAGACUGGCAAUGGUUUAGAAAGUGAGGAAGAUGUUAAAGAAAGUGAUACAAGUAAUCCAAGCCUUAAAGAUCCAUCAGUUUAUCAUAUGAAGCAAUAUAUUCAUAAUGCUUGUGGCACAAUUGCGUUAAUUCACAGUAUUGGAAAUAAUUUAGAUCGUAUAAAUCUGCAAGAUGGUGUUUUAUACAAAUUUUUGAAUGAAUCAAAAGAUCUUUCCUUUUCGGAACGUGGAGAGCUUUUGAUGAAGUCACAAGAUAUUGGUAACACACAUGAAGAAUUGGCACAUGAAGGACAAACAGAGGUACCAAGUCAAGAAACACCAAUAUACCACCAUUUUAUAGCAUUUAUCCAAAGAAAUGGAGUUUUAUAUGAAUUAGAUGGACGUAAAUCUGGUCCUAUUGAGCAUGGUGCAACUAGUCCAGAAACACUAUUAGAAGAUGCUGCACGCGUGUGUAAAGAAUAUAUGGCUCGUGAUCCGGAAGAAGUGUGUUUUACAGUUGUUGCUCUUGUCAAUAGUGAUGCAGAAGCAUUUUGACUUAAUACCUAAAAUCAAGAAUGGUUUGAAGAUUGUGUCCAUUGUAUUAGAUAAGACGAGUAACGAAGUUGGGUUGCAUUUGUGCAAACACAUGGUUCAAUAGCCGAAGAAUUCUGUUAGGUCAACUCAAAUUUCCUUACUAAUGCGUCACCAGAGUGGAAAAUUUGGAAGCCCUUGCGUUUCGAGUUGAGAUACGACGAUAAAACUGAUCGUACUUCCAAAAAGAGCGCGUAUCAGUGAUCUCCUGAUCAAAUAACAUGUUCAAUUAUUUGAUCCGUUGAAUGGCGGGAUGAUCAGUAGUUACCGAUACCAAAAACCUUAAAUAAUCAAGUAAUUAUUUACUCGAAUCGAGUAUCCUCCUCCUUUUCGAAGUCGGAUAAUGUUGUAUCGAUAACGCGCUCUAAUUAAAAGCUUGAAUUAUUAAUUAUCUUUAUUAUAGUUAUAUGAAACAUAAUCAUUUUCAAUAUGCAAGUCAUCGUGUAAAUAGCAACAAAAGAUAUGCAUAGGUUGUUGUUUUUAAUCUGUUGAACGGUACAUCGAGAAUAUUUAUAUCUAGUACAUUGACUGUACAUAUAAACGAAAGACGGUGGACCUGGAAGAUUUGAUAUUCAAUGGAAAAAAACUGGCAAAGGAUCGUCAUACGUACAUAUAUACACGCACACGGAAAGACGAAUCUUAUUUUUACAUGAUAAUCGUAUUUACGUGGACGUAAAGUUUAAACUUUUACAAAUCGAGGGUAUCAAUUUAAAUUAAUGUUUCUUAAUUGAUGCAAUAUCGCUUGAAAUCUUGACAUUUCUUAAUUUUUAUAAUAAUCAGAGAUAUGUAAUUCUAUUGUUAAUUUUGUGUAAAAAAAAAUUAUAAAACAGUUGCCGCGUUUUAUGGGCGCGCAAUUUUGAAUUUCAAUAGAUGGCGCGUGCUUUUAUUGAACCGGGCACGCGGUAAUUGUUCAAAGUAAAUUGACUUACGCUAUUUUUUCCAUAGAAUCGAUGAUUCGCCAUAUGAGUUCUACUAAGAAAUUGAUAUUGGUUAUUAAAUUACAGAAUGAACAAAAUAUUCUAUAUUUAAUACAUGGCUGCUUUAAUUUAAGGUCGUACCGCGCCUAUAAAAAUGUUAUGUACAUACACGUACGACCUCGAUUCCAUUUAUGGUUUACGUUAUACAGGAUGUUUCAUGACGUAUGGAUAUAACUUCAUUGCUGAAUGUUUGAAAGUUGGAGAUAUUAAGAUCUUUGUAAACACACGUGUACUAUGUAUGUACUUUAGUUAUAGGCAUUAAUAUUUCAAUAUUUAUAAUAUCAAUAUCUAGGUAUUUAUUAUCAUUUUUUAAUUACUCUAACGAUAAGUAAAAAUGCGAUCAAUUAAUCUUGUUUACGAAUGUCUAGUUUAGUUUAAUCUCUUUAUCUAUGACAUUACAUGAAACAUAGAAAUGAUGAAAUAAGGAGUGAAGUCUACUGUAUGUUCACGCAAGCAAAGGAUUAAAUCGUCCAGAAAAA